CCUGUUAUUAUAAUUAAGUAUAAAGUGUUAUAUAAGUGGAGAUGCGGCAAGAUUAUCACAGGGCUGGCCUCAGAGAUCCGGCUAUAUCGUGAUGUGAUUAACCAGGAGGAUGAGGGAUAUGAAAUCGCAGCGAGGCGAUUACCACAGUAUGAUAGAGGCGUGUAUGAAGACUUUAUCUUCCUCAGCUACGGCGGGUGA